CACAAGUGUUCGACUUGAUGUAAUCGCUUACAAAACUAAAUUCUAAGCGACUAGAAAAUGCCCUACAUAAGUUUAUUGCAAUCGUGAAUACACCUAGCUGUCGGACAUAAAACGGCCCUGUUCGCAGGCUCCAAAACUCUGAGCUAUCCAGUUAACAUAUUUCAUUUCCUUUUUCGAAAAACCUCAAAUUCACAUUGUUUAAAAUGGAUGAGAUCUUUGAAUCACCAAGCUUCCACAAUAACUGUUGCAUGUUUAGGAAGAGGAAACGCUUUUUACGAAAGAAUCAGCGCAGCGUGGCCACCCAAUGCCCAGCAUGCGUUAGAUCUGGCCUGUCGACGGCAGAAGACCGUUUUGAGAAUCGAAACAUUGAGACGGCCAAAAAGGCGCUAACAAUUCACCAUCUGCGACGCGCUCAUGUGCCUGUCCGACGCACACCUUCAUAUCUCAUUCUGUCGUCAACAUCCUCGGAAAGCAACGAGGAGGAUCCGCGCAAAAGAAAAGUGCCGCCUGUGGCCUAUCCCAGUUAUAUAAAGCGUCGACCACCAUGCGAGUAAAUCAACAAAUCUUGUGGCAUUAUUUCAUCCCCUAUAGACUCGUUAUUAAAUUAAUCGUGCUUGAAAUA